UACUCCUAAACCAUAAAUAUAUUUUGCUUUUUUUUACUUAUCUUCCUUUAUUUGUCGGGAACAUAGCUCAAAAUGUCAUAAAAAUGUAUCUUGUCAAAAGUUUGCACAAUGAAAAAGGACACUGAGAGGAAGUACUGUCUGUAAGAAUCGAAAGUUUAGGCCAUAGAAAUAACGAUAUAAAUCAUGACAUCACUGUUUGGACUUCCGAGAGAUAUUUUGGGCAACCUGACGGACUCGAGGGAGCUGGUGGCAGACGGUGAACGAAUGGUGGAGAAGCUAAAGGUUGUCGGUGGAAAAGACUUAGGAGAAGAGACAGGGAGAGUUCUAGAUAUUUUUGGCCAGACUGUCUCGGAUUCAUCACAUGAUGCAGUCUUGUUUACCAUGGUAACCCAGCUCUAUACCAUAGUCCCUGUCAUUCUUAUUGUAUUUUGUCAGAUUGGAUUUGCUAUGUUACAAAGUGGAGCUUCAAGAGUAGAAAGUGCUGCUGUACCUUUUAUCACUAACAUUCUUGUUCUAGUUACAUCAUGCCUGUCAUUCUGGGCGGUUGGAUACGCACUGGCAAGAUCAGAUGGACUGACAAUGUUAGGCUACCAUCAAUGGUUUAGCCAUGAGUUCGAGCCAAAACUAUCUAUUGACUGGCUGUUACACUUUAGCCUCGUUCUGACGACCGCCAACAUAGCGACAUCUGGCGGGCUGGAAAGAUGUCCAAUCUACGUUAACUGUCUUCUGUCACCUAUUAUUGCAGGGGUGGUUGCCGCAUUAUCUGAUCGUUGGGCGUGGCAUCGCGACAGCUGGACAAUGGUUUAUUCUCCCUUCCAAGGUGUCGCCUAUAAGGACCAGGGUGGUAGUGGUGUGAUUCACAUGGUUGGUGGUUCAUCUGCCUUGGUCCUGUCCUUGCUGCUGGGCCCACGGUACAGUAGGAUCAGGGAUUCUAGAUCUAGAAUCUUAUUCAACGAUUUAGACGGCCACUCACUUCCGCUCGAGUUGAUAGGAUGGUAUUUUUGUGUCGUCUGUUUCUUUUGUUGUAACUGUGUUCGUCUGACAACCACGUGCAUCACGUGUCACUCCAUUAGCAACACUGUGGCACGUGCUGUGGUAAACAGCGUGAUAUCGGCUGCUUCAGCGUCCCUGAGCACGGUUGUAUUCGUAUAUCUCAUGAAGACUUUGAUGGGAAGGAAGCGGUUUCAUUACCUCAUCUCAAGGCAGCUAGCAAAUGGUGCUGUCAUUGGAAUCAUUUCAGUUGCUGCCGGAUGUGAUUCCUAUCCGCAUUGGGCUGCAUUUGUUGUCGGUCUGACGUCGGCUGUCGGUUAUGUGGUCUGGUGUCAAGUUUUGUAUUUCCUUAGAAUAGACGAUCCAAUAGGUGUGAUAUCGGUACAUUUAGGUGGAGGAUUAUGGGGUGUUAUAUGUGUCACUUUGUUCAGGGAGAAGACUGGUCUAGUAUUUGCUGAUCAAACAUCAGUUGCGGGACUGGCUAUUGUAUGGAACGUCACUAUAGCGGUAACCAUGGCAACUCUCUCGGCCGUGCUGACGGGUGCUGUGCUGCUGAUACCAAGAAUAUUGGAUAUGGUGCCAAUCCAGCACGGAAAGGAGCUCCAGGGUGUUGAUGUGGCAUUUCUCGGACAACAAGCAUAUCCAAGUGGGAACACUGUUUCACCAUUUACAACAGACAUUAUAGAAGAUCGUGAGGAAUUUAUAGAUUCAAAUCCUGCUUCACCGCAGACGACAGUGACGUCACCGUUAUCAUAUACCUUUUCAGGCUUUCGUCCAGACAACCUGCCUGCUAUUUAUGACAUGAAAAAUCCAUACGAGAAAUUGGAAAUUGAUUUGAAAUCAUUGCCUUCCUUUACUCGAUCUCCCGGAGAUACAGAUCGCCGUGUUUGGUUCAGCGGAGAGAGCCUGCGGGACCAGGUGGCCCCUAUGACCCCUAUCAUAGACUAUAGCAUAGAUAGUGAUAGAUGGGAAGAUAUUGAAUUUUAAUGGGAUGUUGUUUGACACUAUCGGGAGGAAAAAAUCCCUUAAUAAAGAACAUUUAUUUUACUUUAAAUUUGUAUUCAGUAAAAUCAGCUGAUUUGUACAUACAUGUGACUUGUAUAAACUGUAUAGUGUAAAUAAACCAUUUAAGCCAACAUUA